AUGGCGCGUCAGACGCCCGUAACCUCUCCAGCUUCGUCUACGGCUCCUUCACAAUCUUUACUGUCCCCAGCUAGUGUAUUCAAAUUAGUGCCUACAACACCAUUACAGACUACAGCACCUCCCAGACCUGGCGCCCUCCCUGCAGAUCCAGAUGAGUUGUUCACAAGGUACACGAUAGCCGAGGUUAAGACGAGGCAGCUCCAGCUCAGAGCUGAUGCCGAGGCGAAGCAGGAAGAGCUGCGUGUCAUGGUCGGGGAGCGUUACCGCGAUCUCCUACAGGCAUCGACUUCUAUUGUUCUAUUGUCCAAGUCAGCGCAGCGCGUCCACGAUGCUUUGGAGGAGAUCAAGGGUGCAAUUUCCUCACAUGAGCACAUGAAGCUACCUACGCAUGCGGCGGACGCGAGCAAGGGAGACAACCAUCUCGAUACCCUUCAGGCGCUUUCAGCCCAUGUAAAGCUUCUCCUGGACGCGCCCGAGCAUCUCUGGCGACUCAUUGAACGCGAGAAGUUCUUCCAAGCAGCCUGGUUAUUUCUACUUGCACGCGUAGUCCAUCAAGCGCUUGUGCAGGAUGACGACCAGGAUGACGAUAGUUGGAUCAAUCGGGGUAUAGACGUUAUGGAGCAGUUCCCGAUCGUUCAGAGGCAAUGGGAGACAAUAUCCCACUUCAGAACACAGAUCAUCCACAAGGCUACGCUUUCUCUUCGGUCAUUCGAGAAGUCAACGGAGGAUACGUGUGCAACAAUGCUGACAUUGCAUAUUCUGGAUGCAAGACCUCUUACAGAGACGCUCACCAUGUACUUUACCCAACGGACAAGAAUGCUCAAUACCUUCCUCAACAAAUCUGCUGACAUCCCCCAUCUCGAGGUUAGCGGAUCUGCAUCUGGAUUAGCUCCUCAACGUGCGGCGGAAAACAGAGCGUCAUUGCAACGGGCAUUGGAGAUCAUCUCCAGGACCGUUGUCACCGCCCGCGAGAUUUUCUCGAGCCCUGCCGAAGGUGAUCGACCCCUAGCGGUCCGCGCGCUCGAACACAUUCAAGCUGAAUCGCCUAGCACUGAAGAUGAUUUUCCAAGCGAGCUUCUUCUGGAUACGCUGUCCCUACUCUCUACCUUGCCGUCUUCGUCAUACCUUCAGAUUCUCCCGCCAUCAAUCAAGUCCUACAAACCUUACGUGGAUCUAGAGUCUCAGUCUUCUACCGUUUCGCCAGCCGCUGUCGCUGAGGCACUAGACCGCUGGUUUCAACAGAGCACGGCAAGUCUACAAACCGCUUUUCAGAAGUGGCUAUCUGGCCUGGAGACUGUUACGCAGGUUUGGAACCUCAGGACUUUCAUUCACAAAUGGCUCGGCGAUUCGUCUCAUCUAACCGCUGAGGAUCGAGAUGUCUUGGGCGACGCCAUAGAUGAGGCGGUUUCAGGACGCAUUCUGGCCAUAUGGAAGGCGAUCCUCGUCAAAUCCGGACAGGCCUUUACCGACAAGCUUGUGGUGGUUGUUCCCACCUCAGAAAUCCAGCAUUCUUUGGUCGCUCAGCUGUAUCAUCCGCCAGCUGUCCCUUCGCUGCCUCCUCCAGGAAGUGGACCGGCUGUGUUUAUUGGGCCCUUCCAUAAGUAUAGCUCUGCCCUUUCUCAUCAGCUGGACGGUCGUACGGAAAUUCUGGAUUCAGUGCUUGAGAGCUUGGAGGCCCCGGCGGAAGCCAUCUGGCAAGAUCUUCGGCGCAUCGAACUUGCUGACCAAGAGAAGAAACUUGCGAAGCAGCUCCGCCAACAGUAUCGAGUUGCGGCAGACGAAUUGUGCUCUGAAAUAUUGUCUACUUUGAAAGACCUAACAGAGAAAGUCGUUGAUGCAAGCGGUACCGUCUCCAACACAGAGAGUCAGAAGCUCCUUUCAAGAUUGCUGCUCGAGCUCUCGACCACGUCCUCGUUCAUAUACAACGUGGAACCAGACGAAAGCAUGUCGAAGGCAUUCAAAGCAUCGACACUUGAGCUUUUCAACCACGUCAUAAGCUGCUGGAAAGAGCGAAUCAUUGGUGCUCUAGCGAGCAACUACCUCACACAGUCUCCAUUAUCUCAGACUCGAGACGCGGAGACGACCCUCUCUCCGACGGAAGUACUCAUGAACUGUCUCCAUACGCUUUCGACGUCUCUGUUCAGCUUGGGGCUAGCUCAGUCGCCGAUGAGGUUGGAUGUGGUGGCUUUGGGCUCUCUGGUGUCAUUCUGCGCGUCAAUAUCGAAAGGCAACGAACUACCGCAGAACUCCUAUUCUGCACCUGCUAUUUUCGACUUAGCGAUGCUUCAUACGAUACUUUUAACGUGGCAGGGGCAAGACUGUGCUGAUCAACGACUCGAUGAGGCCAUUUCAUCGUUAGACGCGAGGCUUGCAUCUCUGGCCAAAUCUUCUAUUUUCUCUGAGCGGGAAAUGAAGGCUGCAGCUCGCAACCUUCUAAUGCGGACGCAGAUGGUCCUUCCGGCACUUUUGCCUUCCCCUUCUACUGUUGUGCUGAAGGAUAGCUCCUCUGACAAGGCUUCCGACAAGUCUCUGGCGGCCCUGUUGCCCUACGGAGUACCUGCGACGGAUACGCAGUUCCACCCUGUCUUCUCUGUUGCGAAGCCAUCUUCGAGAUUCACAUUACUUAACGUAGAACAGUAGUCGUUUGACAUGCUUUGGGAUCGUCCUCUAGCAGAUACCAGCAUGUGUAGCUCACCUGAAUAUGUGCCAAUCGCGUCGACGAGAACCCUGGGCGACAUCGCGGUUUUGAAAGUGCGCAAUACAUGCCUCGAGCCAGAACACAGAAUUCAGUUCGCCCAGGUGUUGCAGUGGUAUUAACGAAUGAACGAGGCUUUCGAAAGCCUUCUAUACAUAAGAGGUCGGGUAGAACAGCAGCAUACAAGUCUAAACUAUGCCCCUCCAC